AUGGAAUGGCUGCUACUCGUUGUGGUUCGUGUCGGUGGUACGGACACAGGCGUUGCCAGUGUUUACGCCAAGCACAACAACCCUGGUGACAACUUCGAUUGUGACUUUGUGGCCCGACGGAGUGCCUGCUUCCCCGGACCCCACGUCAUCUGUGCUGCGUGGAAAGAGGCCCUUGUUAUGCCCAUACGCAAGAAGGGUAAGCCUGCCUCCUUGCCGUCCUCCUACCGCCAUGUCUCCCUCACGUCCUCCGUGGGAAAGACGAUGGAGGCCAUGGCGCUAAGGCGACUCAACUGGAUCGCCGACGAACUCGACUACUUCGCCCCCACGCAAAGCGGUUUUCGUGCGAGCCGCUGCACUGCCGAUGCGCUCGCCGAUGUGAUUGCCUCGCUGGAACACGCCAAGGCCAACGACGAGGUUAGCUACCUUGUUUUAUUGGAUGUCAAAUCCGCUUUUGACAGUGUUCCGCACGCAUCCACCUUGGACGCGCUCAGUGACCUCGGCGUGUGCGGCCGCAUGUUGGAAUACCUCACCGAUUUCCUCAAAGGACGCUCCUUACGUGUGCGCAUCGGAAACGUGAGCAGUGAACCCCGCCCCCUCGUUGCCGGCGUUCCACAAGGAAGUGUGCUGAGCCCUUUUCUUUUUAAUCUUGUGCUCGCCAGACUUCCCGACUUCAUCCCUAGCCGCACCCCCUCCGCACGAUUCAAGAGCCCCAAGCUCUCACUUCGAGGCACCCUGAUCCCCUGGAGCACCAAAGUACGCUACCUCGGUGUCGUCAUAGAUCAUCGUCUUUCCUGGCGACCAGCGGUUCGCGAGCUGCGCAACACGAACCGAAAAGUUCUCUGCGCGGCCGCGGCCUCAUUGCCCGAAGGCGUGGCUGCACGCCAGCUCGCCCUGCGUAUUUACAACGGCGUCGCUACUGCCAGAGUCCUCUACGGCCUGCCUCUGGCCUCUCUCCGAAAGGGACAGUGGGCCGAACUUGACGCCGACCACCGAGCCGCGGUGCGGACCUUCUACGGCCUCCCCAGCAGCACCCAAAUUGGCCCCACCCUUGCUGAAGCGGGGGAAAUGCCCAUCUCCCUUCGUGCGGCCAAACAAGCCUUCCACCACCUCCUACGGAUGAAAGUUGUGCCUGACCACUCCUACCGCAACUGGACGGCCAUCCCUCCCCAUCGCCACACCCCGCUCGAAGUGCGGAAAACCCCUCCGGGUGUCAAGACCAAGGCGCGCACCCCCGUUCCAGCGAUUCAACAUGAAUGUGCCGCUCUCCUGCACGACCAGCUGAUAGGACGCACCCUUGUUUACGUUGACGGCUCUGUCCUCUCCGACGGCUCUUCGGCUGCGGCCUGUGUCGCGCCAUCUCUCGGAGAAGUACGCAAGUGUCGCCUCCCUUGCCCCGCCUCUUCCACGGCUGCCGAACUCGCGGCCAUCAACCUAGCCGCCGAGCUCCUUGGCGAACACAUCGCAGUCAACUCAGCGGCGAUUCUCUGUGAUUCUCGCUCAGCACUGGCUGCAAUUUCACGCGAGGAUCUCGGCGGACAUCUUGCACAAAGGAUCGCCCGCCAACUCCAUGCUCUGCGGAACGAUGGAUGCGACAUUACCCUCCACUGGGUCCCAUCUCACGUUGGGAUACCUGGCAAUGAGGCGGCCGAUCGUGCAGUGAAAGUUGCGCACGACCCCGGAACGGCAAUUACCGGUUUCGUUUCCUCUGCCGACGUCGGGCGUCUCCUAGUCGCCCGUCACGUUCGCGAGCAACCACCGGAUGCUCGUGUUGCGAGUGGCAACCCCCCACGUCGCCUCCCACCUAAAGGGCUCUCCCGGGCUGACCUGCGCCUGCUGCUCCGGCUCAGAAUCGGCUACAAUCGCGCGGCCGAGUGCCUACAUCGCCUCUCCGGGCGUGGCAGUACCUACUGCUCUGACUGCGGUGACACGGAGAUGCCCUUUGCCCAGCACCACGCCCCGGGCAGCAAAAGAUUGACUUGCCAAAAAGGCAGUACAUUUCAACUGCGAGAUAUAAAGCUCGCCAGUCAACUCAACAUUGUGCUGCCAUUGAAGCACUGGUUCAUGAAGGACAGUUUCUUUUUCGUAAAUUGA